GGGGAGGGUUUUUGGCGGUGCCAAUCCGCGCGCCGGGGGGGUGGGGCUUGUGGCCGAGCAAGGAGGCCGGCGCGAGGGGGCGGGCGCUGUGAGGCAGCGCGAGCGCGGAGGGGAGGCCUCGCUCCGGCUCCCGCUCCCGCUGCGCGACGGCCCUGUCGUGCGGCCCAGCCCCGCCGCAGUCAUGAUCCACAGCCUGUUCCUCAUCAACGCCUCGGGGGACAUCUUCCUGGAGAAGCACUGGAAGAGCGUCGUCAGCCGCUCCGUCUGUGACUACUUCUUCGAGGCGCAGGAGAGGGCCUCGGAGGCGGAGAACGUGCCGCCGGUGAUCCCCACGCCGCACCACUACCUCCUCAGCGUCUACCGCCACAAGAUUUUCUUCGUCGCCGUCAUCCAGAGCGAGGUGCCGCCUCUCUUCGUCAUCGAGUUCCUGCACCGCGUCGUUGAUACGUUCCAGGAUUAUUUUGGUGUCUGUUCAGAGCUGAUGAUCAAGGACAAUGUUGUGGUGGUUUAUGAGGUGCUAGAGGAGAUGCUGGACAAUGGGUUUCCAUUGGCAACAGAGUCCAAUAUUCUUAAGGAACUGAUAAAACCUCCCACUAUCCUGCGAACAGUUGUCAACACCAUCACAGGAAGCACUAAUGUGGGUGACCAGCUUCCUACUGGACAGCUAUCAGUGGUGCCUUGGAGACGUACUGGUGUAAAAUAUACCAACAAUGAGGCGUAUUUUGACGUGAUUGAGGAGAUAGAUGCAAUCAUUGACAAAUCGGGUUCCACGAUUACUGCUGAAAUCCAGGGGGUGAUUGAUGCUUGUGUCAAGCUGACUGGGAUGCCAGACCUUACCCUCUCCUUUAUGAACCCUCGGUUAUUGGAUGAUGUCAGCUUUCAUCCAUGUGUGCGUUUUAAACGCUGGGAGUCAGAGAGAAUACUCUCCUUCAUUCCACCUGAUGGAAAUUUUCGCUUGCUCUCCUACCAUGUCAGUGCUCAGAACCUUGUGGCAAUUCCUGUCUAUGUUAAACACAACAUCAGUUUCCGUGAUAGCAGCUCACUGGGACGUUUCGAGAUCACAGUGGGGCCAAAGCAGACUAUGGGGAAGACUGUAGAGGGAGUGAUGGUCACUAGCCAGAUGCCAAAAGGUGUCUUAAAUAUGACCCUCACGCCCUCUCAGGGAACACAUAUCUUCGAUCCAGUUACAAAGUUAUUGUCAUGGGAUGUGGGGAAAAUAAACCCCCAGAAGCUGCCAAGCCUGAAGGGGAGCGUGAGCCUGCAAGCUGGGGCAUCAAAACCAGAUGAAAACCCCACCAUUAACCUGCAGUUUAAAAUUCAGCAGCUGGCUAUAUCUGGACUGAAGGUGAAUCGCUUGGACAUGUAUGGGGAGAAGUACAAGCCCUUCAAGGGGAUAAAAUACAUGACAAAGGCUGGCAAGUUCCAAGUCCGAACCUAGAGGAUCCUGAUAGUGAGGAAGAGCACUUUUCUGUUUCUCCUGUCCCUGGCUGUUGGAUUCAGCCUCUUACCCCAUCCAUCUGUUUAGGGUUGCUCCCUUGCCUGUAGUAACAUGAGCAGGAGAGACAGUGCUUAGGGUGCUGGGGAGCAGGGAGAAGUAAGGUUGACCUGGAACCAUCUCAUUCCUAGCUGAGUCUGAAUUAUUUGGAACAGUGGUAAAUGGGAGAGGCGUUCAGGUCCCUUGGGAUUAGUGAGUCAGCUAUGUAAGCUUGUAUCACCUUCAUUUUGCUGUCUUCAAGGAAAUUCUAGGCAUUUAUUGCCUUUUGUAACUCCUCUUCCUUAUAUUUUCAGUUGGCUUUUUAUCCCUUUGUAGAUGAUACAAAGUUGAAUUUCCACAAACUUCACCUUUAGUGUGAUGGUCCGGCAUCUGCCCUUCUCCAUCACUUAGCAUUAGGGUGGAGAGCUGUAUAAUUCUGGGCAGCAGAGAGAUCACCUAGCCAUUCUGCCUCAAAGGGACUGGAAGAAGUGGAAAGGUAGAUUGUCCCACCUAGGAUGGGAUGUUAAGAAGUCUGAGAUUGGGGAUGGUGCCACAGAGGGAAGAAGUGGAUGCUUUUUCUAGAUAUUUCAUAAGCCAUCUUGGUCAUCACGUAUCUUGAAUCUCUGGAUAUAGACUGGAAAGCCAUCCAAAUCUUAGUAUGGAAUCCUAUGAAGAGCUGACUGUAGCACAUAUGAUCUUGUAGCUGAUGGGUGGUGACAUCUGAAUGUAAUUCUGCUUCUCUUAUUUUGUCAGUAUUUGAAGGUAGGGAUUCUCCUAGCUUCUUUGGGGAGUCAGGGAAGAGACAGAGAGGGAGGAGAAUUUUUGUGGAGACAUAGCACUCCGAUGGAAACUGAAGCUGUGGCUAAAUGAAGAUGAUCUCCCUAGUAACUUGUUGGAACCUCUUUUUGUCUCUGCCUGCCUAUUACAAAUGAAGGUGAUACUGCUGUUCUCCUGCUCACUGAUGUCUUUGAGAUAAUUGUGUCCUGGUACAUUUGUAGUGUUUCUGGCUCUCCUACCUCAUUCCAGUUCCUGUACCAAUCAGCUGCUCUGCAGAUGGAUUCAAGCCUAUGCUGGAUUUUUCACUGGGACUAUCUCUUCUGCAGGAGCUGUUGCUGCAUCUGCCCAUUCCAGUCUGUGCUGCAUCUCUCUGUACAGCAUAAAUAUGAAAUGAGAGGCAUCUGCACUGUUCGUAUUGUCUGUAGUGUGCUCUUUGGCCACUAGAUGCCAAUGUGUUUUCUCUGUGGUAGCAGAACUUGUCCCUAAGCUGCUGUACCUGUGACUACAGCAUCUGUCAGGUGGCUGUGGAGUCCAGCACGUGCAGUUCAUGCUUGUGAACAGAACAAGGUGACCCUAAACGAAGGAUAACAUACAUUGUGGUUUGCAUGCGGUGGAUACUUGCAGUGAAUGAGUGGCAUCUUGCUUGUGGAAUUGCAAGUUCUAGUGCAACCGAUGAAUGCCAUAGCAGGUAGCCUUACUGCUGAGCAUGUUCAGUGCAAAUAUAACCUUCACCAAGGGCAUCAAUAAAACUCAUUUUUACAUGUCAUCUGUGUCAUUUCAGAGUGGUUUUUGUGGGCUUUACAGGAAAUACAUUUGGUAUUUGAGGAGGAAGGUAAAUUAUGCCAAUUGGAUUGUGGAUAUUGGGUGCCUUAGGGAGAUAAAUGUCUUUAUGCAAUUGGGAUUGUAAGCCUGGGACUAAGUCACUGUCUGAAAAGCUAAAAUUAAUUACUUUCUUGGUAAUUUUUCUUAGUGUUUCCCAAAAGGAGUGCUGAGCUCCUCCUAGAACCUCUGUGAAACUAUCUUUAGGAAUGCAGCUGAACCAUUUUUGUUUACUAGGUUGUUUACUAGGUAGGAUUUUGGGUAGCAGGCUAAGGGCUGUGCUUCAAUUACGAAGACAAUGAAAUACCUCUUCACCUUCCUGCUCCUCAAGUACUGAUAUUGUCCUUUGGCUUUGUAGCUUUGUUUUUUAAAGUAUCUUUUCUUUCCUGCUGAAGUGAUUCAUGUUAUUUGAGAUAUUGAAAGGCUUCUUAUAUGCAUAAGGGUGUCUGGCCCUUAUGACAAGCUUUCUGUAUCAGUCUGAGGUGACUGCAAGUUCCUAUGGAAUGAAAGAUGAAGCAGGGCAGAAGAGGGAAGCAGAGAGCAACAUCAGUGAGGUUAACUUGGUAGGCAAUAUAGGGAGUUUUGGGGGGAAAUGUGAGGUGUAGCUGUGUACUUCAGAUACAAUAAAUGCUGAUGUUGACUUGGGUUCUUAAAGAACUUGAGUGCGACAAUAUCAACUGCAAGCAGAUGGUAGUCAUUGUCUUAGACCUUGUCUCAAGAUGGUGCUGCUCUGUGCUGGAAGAGGACAAGAAGGGGAAAAAACAGGAUAAGGAGGAAAAGCUGAUGUUGUAGAGAUGGAAACCACUGCUGCGAUUUUUAUCAGGGAGGGUUGUAAUGGGUAAACAAGCCAGAGAAAUGUAGUUAAAUGCACUGAGCUAGGUGGCAGCUUUUGAGAAAUGAAAUGCAAGAAGUGUAAAGUAAGGCUGGAGAAUAUAAGUUCUAGUAAUUGGACUGGGAUUUGGUACAUCUCCCAGAUUAAGGGUCUGUUACAAAAUGAGGGAUAAAGAAGCAUUUGGGAAAAUGUGGAGUUGGUUCUGGGCUCUCCUAUCACCUUGGAUAUUUCAUGUAAGGGUAUUUUCAAGGAGCUGGUAACAGCUGUGAUGUAAAACUGUUCUCUGCAACUUAUGUUUCUGUAGGAUGUAUUUUUCUAAAAGAUAACAGUAUCAGGUGUGGUUCAGUUAUAUUUUAUUGGUGGCUGUUAGAUCACAUCAAGCUCAAAUAAUGUAUUUAAUAGACUGUUUGAAUUGUGGAACAAAAGUUGUGUUCCUGAGGACACUCACCUGUGUUACUCAUUGGAACAGUUUUGGGUGUUUUACAGGCUGCAAAUACUUGGUAAGCUUAUGAAUGCCAGGAUAGCAAGGCACAGCAGCACUUCAAAAUAGGUUUAGGGGUGAGGAAUGGAAAUUAAUUUGUCUUUUUCUCAAGGUUAAUAAUAAAAUACAGUUAACAACAACAAAAAAAUCACACCUAAAAACCUGAACUGUGACUCUCUCUUAAUAAACAUCUUGGUGUUUUUUUCCCCUUCCACUGGCUGGAAUAUGGGACUCACUGCUGAAGCUAACUGGACUUAUAACACCAUUUCUCUGAGGACAUUAGAGAUGAUCUCUUUGAGGUUGGUUUCUAAGCUGGUAGCUAGAAAGACAUGGACCAUUUGUAAAGUUGCCAUUUAUAAAACCCAUUUGAGAAAGAAUGGGCGUCCUUACCAAUCUCUCUUCUGUACUUACUAUAUAAGCUUUUCUAUUUGACUAGAGGCUGUGCUAGUAGAUCACCAGAGAGCUCCUUAAAACUGUGAGAGUAAACAUGUUGAGUUACAAUGUUUUGAAUUUCCCAAAUAAAACAGCCUAGUCUUCUAGCUACAAUGCCUGAUUGAUACUAAAGUUAAAACUCCUUUUGUAGCCCCAGUAAAUUUUUUUUUCUUUUGUAAAACAGUAGCCACACCUGCUUUCUCUUACUUUAGCAAACAGUUGGACAAGAGAGAAUCUCUCAAAGAGGCUUAACUCUUAGGACGUGCAUAGAUACCACUUAGCAUCACAUGGCAAGUGCAGUGCAAGCAAGUAAUGCUUGAUUACUGAGACUCUAGUUCACAGUGACUUGGUUAUACCUGUCCUGUCUUCUGUUAAGGGACAAAUGCAGCCUUGUAACAUUUGGCUUGUGGAUGUAAAUCCAGCAGGCACCUAAAACUGCUACCAUUACAUUUGUCCUUUGUUCUGCCCUGCUGUGCUAAAGAGAGAGCUUUUGCUUUCCUAUCAGAUGAUAAUGCACAGAAAUUUAAUAGUCAAAAAGUAAUGUGUUGAUUCUGUGGCAGAUAAGGCUGGUGUUAAGAUUUUUACCUAUUCCAUAUUUAAAUAAAUAUUUAGUUCCUACCAGGAGGAAAAGCAAGGGGAAGAAUAGAAUGUCCCAACAAGCAUGCCAUCCUGGAUUUGCUCAGAGAGUUUAAGCUCAGAUUCAGUUAAUGAAUCGGUUCCAAACUGAAAAAGCAAGUAGUACAUUGAUAUGGAAAUAAGCAGCCCAUGCCUGCAGCUUUGCUCUUUCUAUUGGAGUCAAGCUGAAACCAGCUUGAAUAACCAAAGUAAAAUGGUACAAGGACAGAGCUUAAGCCUGACUGGAACGUCUUCCAAAUUUACAGCCAAAUAAGGAGGAGGGAAAUUAAGUUUUCAGGAAAUCUGUCCUCUCUGCCUUCAGUUUACACCCAUUCCCAAAACAACAUAGCUGCUCAUGGGAUGCAUGAUGUUCUCUAUUGGUUUAUUCUCUUGACCCAAAAUUUAUUUUUGAUUGUACUAAUGUGAUUUGAUGCAAGUAGAAAGCUUGGGGAUGUCGGGGGUAAAGGAGUGUUAGCUUCUGAUAACCUGUAAUAGGGAAAGGAGAGUAAUUUGAGAAUGUGCCCUUCUGACACACUGCAGUUUGUUUUCCUCUUGUACUGAAAGUCAUAAGCAUCUGGACAAACGGGAAGCCCUG